CUACAACACACUUGGCUAGAAAUCUCUUCGGGCGAAGAUCGAACGGAAGAAACCCGGAAGGUUGGCCUUUCGGUCAGAAAAGAAGUUAUUUAGCCCACUAACGGGCCGGGCGAUCGGUUUUCCGUGUAGUGCAGUAUAACUGCGUUGCUAAGAAACGAUUACUGCCGUAGCUAACGGAACGGUUAGUGUGCUUCAGGUUUCGCUGUGAUGUCGGUGCAUCAUCGCCGUCAGGUGGUAGAAAGAAAAGUCGCUGGCGUUUGUUAGUGCAUCGUCCAGAACGGAGAUUGGAAAAGUGCUACGUGGUGCUUGGUUAAGGAAAGAACCCGAUUUUUGGCAAAUCUCGGAAGCCGGCCUGUGACGGCAAUACUUUUUCCGACGUCGAUCGACACCAUCGGAAAGGGAAAAAACACAUCCAGCCAAAGAGUGUAGGCUUUGUGUUGGUGCACGAGCGUUCUAACGUCGGGGGCAUACGAACACACAACACGAAACAUGACAACGAGACACUGUUCUGUCACCGCCGGCAAGAUGGGAAAGCUGAAGCUGGCGGAAGCGGCUGUUAUCGUCGUUAUCUUCGCCGGUUGCUUUGCCACCCUUUCCGAUGCGUUCUAUCUGCCGGGACUGGCCCCGGUGAACUAUUGUAAAAAGUCCGAGAUGCAAAAAUCGUGCAAGUCGGAAGUUACACUGUACGUGAAUCGACUCAACACAGAAGAAUCGGUUAUCCCGUACGAGUAUCAUCACUUCGACUUUUGCCCGAUCGAUGAGAGCAACUCGCCGGUCGAGAAUCUCGGCCAGGUUGUGUUCGGUGAACGUAUCCGGCCGGGGCCGUACAAGAUCCAGUUUCUGGAGGAUGUGAAGUGUGCGAAGGCCUGCGUCAAGCACUACAAGGGAGGUGAAGCCGACAGUGAUCAUCGCUUGAUGGUGCUAAAGAAGGGAAUGAGCUUGAACUAUCAACAUCACUGGAUCGUGGACAAUAUGCCCGUGACGUGGUGCUAUCCGUUGGAAAACGAACGCCAGUUCUGCAGCACCGGCUUUCCCAUGGGGUGUCUGGUUCGACGCCACCCGGACGGUGAAGAUGGUUGCAUGGCGAACCCGAACUAUAACCGAGCUGGGUACUACUACCCGUUCAACCAUGUCGAUCUGACGGUCACUUACCAUAGCGGGGCCACCGAGGAGUGGGGUGUUGCGUUCAAACAGAACGGAGGCCGAAUUAUCUCAGUAAAGGUGGUUCCGUCGUCGAUUAAUCACAAGGAUGGCGCCGAGCUGAACUGUGACAGCAAAGAACCGAUCGAGAUUCAGUCGAGCGCUCUUCCGGCGGGUAAAUUGCUGGAUAUCGUCUACACAUAUUCGGUGCACUUCACACAGAACAACAAGAUAAAAUGGUCGUCUCGGUGGGACUACAUUCUCGAAUCGAUGCCGCACACCAACAUCCAGUGGUUCAGCAUCCUGAACUCGCUCGUGAUCGUGCUCUUUCUGUCCGGCAUGGUGGCCAUGAUUAUGCUACGAACGCUGCACAAAGACAUCGCACGCUACAACCAGAUGGACUCGGGUGAGGACGCACAGGAAGAGUUUGGCUGGAAGCUGGUGCACGGUGACGUGUUCCGACCGCCCCGCAAGGGUAUGCUGCUGUCGGUUUUUCUCGGUUCCGGUAUUCAGGUGUUCUGUAUGACGCUCGUGACGCUGGCUUUUGCGUGUCUCGGUUUCUUGUCUCCCGCUAACCGUGGCGCGCUGAUGACGUGUGCGAUGGUACUUUUCGUGCUACUUGGCACCCCGGCCGGCUAUGUGUCCGCUCGUAUCUAUAAGAGCUUCGGUGGCAUCAAGUGGAAGAGUAACGUACUACUAACGUCGAUGCUAUGCCCAGGUGUCGUAUUUGGGCUUUUCUUCGUGAUGAAUCUGAUACUUUGGAGCAAGGGAAGCUCGGGAGCUGUUCCCUUCUCGACGCUGAUUGCACUAUUGGCGCUCUGGUUCGGUGUGUCGGUUCCACUGACCUUCGUUGGGGCAUACUUCGGUUUCCGGAAACGGUCUCUCGAGCAUCCGGUACGAACGAAUCAAAUACCACGCCAGAUUCCGGACCAAUCGAUCUACACGCAACCGGUGCCGGGCAUUAUCAUGGGUGGAGUGCUACCGUUUGGUUGCAUCUUUAUCCAGCUGUUCUUCAUUUUGAACUCGCUCUGGUCCAGCCAGAUGUAUUACAUGUUUGGAUUUCUGUUUCUGGUGUUUCUCAUCCUCGUCAUCACCUGCUCCGAAACCACCAUCCUGCUGUGCUACUUCCAUCUGUGCGCCGAGGACUACCACUGGUGGUGGCGCUCCUUCCUAACGUCCGGAUUCACGGCCGUCUAUCUGUUUGUGUACUGUUGCCACUACUUCGCGACCAAACUUCAAAUCGAGGAUGCAGCUUCCACUUUCCUGUACUUUGGUUACACGAUGAUUAUGGUAUUUCUGUUUUUCUUACUGACCGGUUCGAUAGGAUUCUUUGCUUGUUUCUGGUUCAUCCGUAAAAUCUACAGCGUAGUAAAGGUAGACUAGACCUCUGGCGCGCAGAUACGGAUGUGCGCAAUGACACUCCAUGCUCGUGUCACUUUUAAGUAACUCUUCUUUAGUUAACCUUAAGCCGUUUCGAUUUUUAUCUGGGGUCGCAAAUGCCCUUUUCAACUGUGUUUGAUAUCAAUUCACGCACGACACAACAGAAACAUUACACUAACCGAAACUUUCGGACGACGCAAAAGUUUCGUUGUUAGUGAGUCACGCAUAUUGUGCACAAGCAGAAUAAGCAACAACGACAAUACAAUUGUUCCGAUCGGAUGACCGAGCUGAUCGGAUCCGAAUUUUGUUUGUUUGUUUAUGUAUUUCUUCAAAGCGAAUGAGAUGCGUCCACCAUACGGAUUUGAAGAAAGGAGAAAUGAAAAAAUCCUGUGUUUGCUUUCGGUGAGCUUUCUUUCGAGAACUGCCGAGAGUGUUUCUAUGAAGAACACAUAUUCCGACUCGGUGUUGACCGCUUUUCCAAACCUUUAUUGUAAUUAUCGUAUGUAAAGAAAUCGGUGUACUGUUAGCCAACGUGUGUUAAGAACAGAAUAUGAAACAUGCGAACCCUACAUUGGCGUGACGGUGUUUUGGCUUGUUUCACGCUUUAACCUUAUCCUCUUUUAAUACAGCCCACAAAACCCAACUGAGCACGGAUCGCGUGUAAUGUCAUCGCACACGUACAAGCACACACAUACACAUACAGUCGCAAGCAGCAGCGUGUGUUUUCUCCAAAAAUUAGAUUAGUGGUAGCACGAUGACGCCUCCAGUGAGAGAGGGUGAUGAAUAUGAGUAUUAGAAAAUAGCGUGAAUGGAGUCCAGGACGAGAUGAAGUGAGUAGACGUAGAACGGGAGUCAGUUUUUUGCAUUCUUUCGGAGAAUAACAUUUUUGAUGACCUUGCACCGUUGUGUGUAUGCAUGAGCGCGAUCCCGACAAGAUUUCUUCUCGGUCGCACAAUAUCGUGGGUGUACCUCUGUGUCUCCUUGUAUAAAUUAUUGAUUACAUUUAUUUUUCUUCUUGUACCCUGUCCCCACAAGCAAGCUCGCGACUCGUUGAAAUACGGGGAUAAAAACAAAUUUUGAAUUAAAAAGUCAAAACAAUCCCUAAACGGAUCCGACGGGUGGUGCGUAAAUUGUUAACCGGGAGGGAACUAAACAUCGAAUGGUGUAGACCGGAGGACGAUGUGAUUAGCAGGUUAACUUAAUACCGAAGGGCACUGUAACAGAGGGCAUAAUUAAUAUUAUUAUUAUUACAUAAUGCUAACUA